CAUCCGGUUUCUUGCUGGUUUCCUUAACCUAGAAGUUAGGACGCAGGACGAAGCCAUCUGUCAUCGUAUCUAUAAAUGGUGUUGAAUGAAUCGACCACGCGUUGUUGGUGAAUUGUAGUUGUUGCGGGGGCUUGCUUUUGUUGAGUUGUUGGGAUAUGGCGGUUGAAGAUGGAGUUGCAGAUGAUGAAAUUGGGGAGGAAAUCGACUGGGAACGCCUGUUGGAUAACAUUCCAGAGGAUCUGACUCCAUUUGACGACGACCCAUCGGAUCCGUCUGAUAAUCCCUUCUCUCUCUCCAUCGGCGAGAUCGAGCAGCUGCUCAUGGAAGACGACAAGGACGACGGUCGCGGGGAGAAGGAUCAACCGCCCCUUGAUUUUUCCAGUGAUUUGGUGUCGGAGUUUCUUCUGGACUCGCCGGCUCCUGAUCCGGAUCGCUCUGCCCCUCAAGUUGUCAACGACGCCGGCCCCAACAACUCCAAUUCUUCUUCUCCUUCUUCUGCUACCUCCGAGGACGGCAGCAGUAGUGACAAGAACAAUGCUCGUCCUCGUAGUGAUGAUAACAACAACGGAAAUCGUAACGAUCCGAUUAGCAAGAAACAGCAAAGGCAGUUGAGAAAUCGGGAUGCAGCCGUGAGAUCAAGGGAGAGGAGAAAGAUGUACGUGAGGGAUCUGGAACUGAAGAGUAGAUACUUAGAAGGGGAAUGCAGGAGGCUGGGGAUGUUGCUACAGUGUUGUUUUGCAGAAAAUCAAGCUUUACGCCUUUCAUUGCAGAAUGCCAAGGCCUUUGAUGCUUCUGUGACCAAGCAGGAGUCUGCUGUGCUCCUUUUGGAAUCCCUGCUGUUGGGUUCCCUGCUAUGGUUACUGGCCAUCAUUUGUCUGCCCAUUCUGCUCGGACAGCUCCAGUUUACACUGGGGGCGGUUCUACUAGAAAGCGGAGACAAGAAAAAUCUGGAAAGUCAGGUUCCAAGAAAGGCAAAAAGUAAUGUAUUUGGAUUUCAGGUAUUCCCAUCAUUGACAAUAUUGAGCAAGAGAUGCAAAGCUUCGAGGAAGAGGAUGAAGCGGAGUUCCCUAAUUCUACAUGUUUUGGCUUGACCGGAGGAGUUCUGGUGCUUUGUUUCUCGUGUUUAUGGCCUUGUUAUAUUAAGAGUAUUUUAGGGUCUCACCGUCCAAAAUCAGAAGCCAGUCUGUUACUCUGUUGGCUUUUAUGCUUUAUUCUAGGAGUCAGAUUGUUUGGAACACAAAACUAGUUUCUUUACCCUCUUUCUUCUCUCACGUUAUGUUAAUUUAUCUAUCUGUAUCUAUAGUGCUUAUAUGUGGUAGGCAACUUUAUUGUUUUAGCAAUCAGACGGUGAAGUAUCAAGUUUGAUUUUAUUAUAAA